GUUUUCCGACUUACUUGAUUUAUUAAGGGACUCAGAUAGAAAAUAGGCCAAAUAGUACAAAAGAUAACUUAGAAGUAAAAGUUUGAGCCGUAAAUUAUAGCUAUUUCGCAUUAUUUUUACUACAUAUUGAUACUACAAUCGUAGUUGGACUUAAAUAAAUGGGCGCACAAUCCGUAUGUACAUCCAUGGAUAGCUUUAAGAUUAAGAUGUUGUGCGUCAAUCGAUAAGGAUUGUGCAAGCAGACAUCCUUUUAUGCCGCGCAAGUAUGGGUUUCAGGGAGGUACUGAGACUCGUUUCUUGCAAGAUGACAUCUUUCGACCACCUUUUGUUGCUGAGGGUUGAGAUCAUUUAAGCCCUCAAAGCAACAAAGCGGGAUAUGGCUAACGGACUUGUAGCAUUCGAUAUGAUGCCAAUUGAUGCAUACGAAGCCAUUAAGGUGCUGAUAUACGACACCUACGCGCAGACGACCAGCCUCGAUGAUGGCAUCACACGUCUUACAGCACGCAUGGGCCUUGCGCGUCGCUUCGAUAAUGUAGGUACCAUCCUUGGUCCAUGGCGAGUUCAGCGUAGUCGGACUCAUAGGACUAGUAUUUAACAUGUUUAUUUGAGUCAUUAUCGAGAGGAACGAGGGGACGCAGAUGGCGGGAAAAGCGCAGAAAUGAAAGUGAGCCAGACCAGGUUGGAAAGGAUACGCUGGACACUCGCACCGCCACUUGACGGUGCGGCACUUUUUUGUUUCGCCCGCUAGAUAACAGACGAGGCGUACAAUUUACAGAGAGGGCCUUUGUUUGGAUAACGGUCCGAUGCUUUGCGGCUGCGGUCUCGCUGGGACAACUGCUUCGAGCACGCCGCUGGCUUGUCGAUUAAGCAGUCGAUGAUAUUUCUUGGCGUUAAUAUUACCCACUGAGUUAAUAUUACCCAU